AUGGAGCAGAUCCUCCUGGAAGCUGUGAUAAGGAACAUGGAAAAUAAGGAGGUGAUUGGUGCUGAUGAACUGAGGCUGUCAAAUGGAACUGGCCCCUGCUCUGGGAGAGUGGAAGUAAAACAUGAGGAGCAGUGGGGAACUGUGUGUGAUGGUGACUGGACCAUAGAAGAUGCUGAGGUUGUUUGUAAGCAACUACAAUGUGGAUCUGCUGUUCGGGCCCUCAAUCGAGCUCCUUUUGGAGAAGGAUCUGGACCAACAUGGCUGUAUCGAGUUGAUUGCCGUGGUGAUGAAUCCGCUCUCUGGAACUGCACACAUAGAGGAUGGGGUGCCUUUAACUGCCCUCAUUACUUUGAUACCGGAGUGAUCUGCUCAGGCUAUGGUGGGUACAGGCUGGCAAAUGGCAGUACCACAUGUUCAGGAAGAGUAGAGCUUCUUCAUGGAGGCACGUGGGGAACCCUGUGUGACUACCUGUGGGAUCUACCAGCUGCCAAUGCCCUCUGCCAGCAGCUGGACUGUGGAGUUGCCCUGCUAAUACCAGGUGGACAGUCCUUCAGGAAAGAAAAUGAAUCUGUCUGGAAUGGGACAUUCAGCUGCAAGGAGAAUGGCUCAGGCCUGACAGCCUGUCCUGUGAGUGUGCUUCGUCAUGAUGAAUGCCCUGCUGGAAAAGACGCUCAUGUGAUAUGUUCAGGGUGCCCAGGGAGCAGGUUAGUGAAUGGCACCACAUGCUCUGGCAGAGUGGAGAUCCGCCACGGAGACACAUGGGGAAGACUCUGCCGCUCCCACUGGAAUUUGCAAGCUGCCAGUGUUCUCUGCCAUCAGCUGAACUGUGGCUAUGCAAAGUCAAUCCAGACAGGAGACCGUUUUGUGGACGGGAACGGGCCUGUAUGGAGAGAUGCUUUUCACUGUGAAGGGACAGAGUCCUGCCUGUGGGAUUGCGCUCAGGUGACUUUGGGCAAUCCAAGCUGUUCAGCUGGAGAUGCAGCCACUGUUAUUUGCUCAGGUCUUGCUGAAACAGUCAGACUGUCAGGUGGUGAGAGCCGCUGCAACGGGCGAGUUGAGAUCGCUCUCCAUGGCACGUGGAGCAGAGUCCUGGAUGAUGACUGGAACAUUAAGGAUGCUCAUGUGGUAUGCAGACAGCUCCAAUGUGGACAUGCCGAGAAAGCCUAUUACCUUCCAAGGUCUGAGCGAGGCACGGGCCUUGUGGGCUUAAGAAGUGUCCAGUGUGCUGGAAAUGAGACUCAGCUGAUGCUCUGUAAGACCUCCCAUUCUCAGACAGUGCCAAUGGGAGUUGCUGAAGAUGUUGGUGUGAUUUGCUCAGGUAGCAGACAGAUCAGGCUGGUGAAUGGAACAAAUCGCUGUGCUGGCAGAGUGGAGCUUUAUCAUGAUGGCAUCUGGGGCACCAUCUGCGAUGACAAGUGGGAUCUAUCAGAUGCUAAUGUUGUUUGUAAACAGCUAGGAUGUGGACAUGCCAUCAAGGCAUUUGCCUCUGCUCAUUAUGGCGAAGGCUCUGGACAGAUCUGGCUGGAUGAUGUGAACUGCACUGGGGCUGAAUCUGAUCUCUGGGCAUGUCCCUCUAGGGCAUGGGGUCAGCACAACUGCCAACACAAAGAGGAUGCUGGAGUCCUGUGCUCAGAGUUCCUGGCUCUGAGGCUGGUGAAUGGCGAUGACUGUGCUGGGCGCCUAGAAGUUUUCUACAAUGGGACAUGGGGGAGUGUUUGCUCCAAUCGUAUGUCUCAACUCACUGCAAUAACUGUGUGCAAACACCUGAACUGCGGAGAUGGUGGGGAAAUUGCAAGAGACUUCAAAUAUGGCAGAGGUUCUGGGCCCACAUGGCUGGACCACGUUGAGUGUACUGAGCAACAUAGCUCUCUCUGGCAAUGUCAGUCAGACCCCUGGGAUCCUCAGUCAUGUGAUAACCGAGCAGAAGAGACCCAUAUUUCUUGCACUGACAGGGAGAAGUUACGUGUCAUAGGAGGAGAGGAUGGAUGUUCAGGCAGAGUGGAGAUUUGGCACCACGGUUCUUGGGGAACAGUCUGUGAUGAUUCCUGGGACGUGGCGGAUGCUAAUGUUGUAUGCAGGCAGCUGGGUUGUGGAUCUGCGGUAUCUGCUCUGAGUGAAGCUGCCUUUGGAGAAGGGACUGGUCCCAUCUGGUUGGAGAAGGUGCACUGUAAAGGAACAGAGCUGUCUCUUUGGGACUGUCCUGCCAAGCCCUUGUUCGGCAAAAACUGUGAUCAUAAGGAAGAUGCUGCUGUGAAUUGCUCCGGUAUCACGGAAACAACAGCACCACCCACUAGAGCAGAUCCUCCCCGUCGCUCUGCAACAGACCCUACAAGAAUGUCAGUGCCUGUCAUCCUCUGCAUUAUACUGGGGGCUGUUCUCUGCCUGGUCCUUGCCAUUCUUGCUGGACAGAUCCGAAGUGCCAGGGCACAGCAGAGAGGCUCCAGAAUAUCCUAUGACCCCUUCUCUGAGGCUGUCUAUGAAGAGAUCGACUACAACCUGAUGAGGGAAAAGCAGAGCAUGACUGGCCUCGCAGAUUCUUAUUCAGAGAGUUCAAAAACAAAGGCACAGUUUUAUAGCGAGGACAGUGACGCAGAAAAUGGUCCUGGAGCAACUCAAGACGACUCUCCAGUGCCUGGAAAUGCCCUGGAAGAUGGUUAUGAUGAUGUGACAGAAGCUCCUGGACCUAAAGAUGCUUCUCUUUCUGGGCGGAAUGAACAGGAAAUCAUUGGGAUCCCUGAAGAAAGUGAAGAAAGUGACAGAAACAAGGAUUCACGGAGAGACUGGAGUCCUAAUGUGUCAGGAAACAGGACCUCUGAGACUGAGAGACGUUCAUCCCCUGUUCUUGAAGAUACAGGCUAUGAUGACAUUGAAGAGCUGGGACGCUUCUGA